CAUCUCGCCCUCGCUCGACCUCCCCUCCCUCGUCUUCUCCUCCCGGUAACCAAGGUUGGGAAGGCAGAGAUCGAUCGAGGGAUGUCGGGUGCGGGGCAAGAGGAGGACAAGAAGCCGGCGGAUCAGUCGGCGCACAUCAAUCUCAAGGUCAAGGGGCAGGAUGGAAAUGAGGUUUUCUUCAGGAUUAAGCGCAGCACUCAGCUGCGGAAGCUCAUGAAUGCCUACUGUGAUCGCCAAUCGGUGGACUUCAAUUCCAUUGCUUUCUUGUUUGAUGGCCGUAGGCUAAGGGGGGAACAGACUCCUGAUGAACUUGAAAUGGAAGAUGGUGAUGAGAUCGAUGCCAUGUUGCACCAAACUGGUGGUGGUGGUCUGCUGUGCACAGAGAUCACCAUGUUCUAUUUAGGCUAAGAUUAAGAACUCUGUAAAGACAGACUAGCAGCUACUGGACGUAAUGAUCAGUUUUACAGUGUGAACUACUACUAUUUGUGGAUGAAUUAAUAACAUAACAGAGACAAGAAGUCUACGUUUGGGA